UAGAAAUGGAAAGUAUCUGCCAAAAGUCCGUCUAAAAUCGUCGAAAAUGUUAAGAAAAGUGCGGAAAGUGAAGCCUAAAGUCAAACGAAACAUAGAGGAUGUGCCGUUCUAUAAGUUUACGUAUCGAAGUGAUGAGUUGCCGCUGGAUCCGGCCCGUGAUUUUAUCGAAGAUCAAAUAGCUAAAAUUAACGUAAUCAAGCCGGCGUGCUUCAGCAGCGACUACAGCUUGCAUCAGUAUCCGAAAGGAGAUGGAACAUCGUUCAGAAAUAUCGUACUUCCGGAAAAACUGUCUGCAGUUGACCCUGCCGAUUAUCUCCCCCCUCCUCGGUCCAGAUUGUCAAAAAAUGGGAACUCCGCCACCGUCGACCAGCGGCUAAGUGAUUUAACCUCGAACCUGGUCAAACUGUACAAAAACCUGCGCCUGAAAAUAUUCCAUGACUUAACGCUUACCAAACCAACGUUGCUGGGAAAUGAAUUUUUUCGUCGUUAUGGUCGGGUUACGCAAGAUGGGCGCAAAAAGCUGCCAGCCAUUCGUCGGAAGUCUCGCCCCAAAAAGUUCCACUUCGACGAAUUUGCAUACCGAACGCCGGAGCAGAACGAUGAAGCCUUGCUCAAAAUUCAGCGACACCUGGAUGUGAUGAUUGCCAAAAGCAUCAAGCAGGCUGAGAAACGGCGGGCUCAGAAGGAGGACGAAGCCCGGAAAACGCAGUUUUGCGUACCAUCCAGGAAUAAAAAUGUGUAUCAGGUGAAAAUAAAGAAAAAACGAUUGACUAACGAGGAACAUAUGAAGAAAAUUAAACUUGAUGAAAGUCUAAAGCUGAAAUAUCUUCAAGCUCUACUGCCAACAGAUUUGGACGAACAGAAGCUUAAAAUAUUGGACAAAUAUGAAAGAAGUUACCUCCAAUUUGUGAAGAACUUUGACGAUAACAUGCGAUCUCGAACACUCACGCUCAUGGAUGAGCUUUGUGUCGAAAAGAUUGAACACUACCCAUCGCAUUUGAUUAAGAAAAUUCUACCCAGAAUCGAUAACCGAAUAGCUUUUCUGAAGAAUGCCUACAAGUUUAUACAGGAAGAGGAGAAGUUAUGGCCCAGCAUUUAUCCGGAAGUAAUUCUGAUGGAUUACAUCUUUGACCCGGAGCAUAACGUUCACCGCGAUCAGGCGGUUUACCUGAUGAUAUUGCUGCUGGAUCUUCAAGAAGACUACAGGUUCCAUGUGAAGCGAUCCUUCAUCCGAUACAUUCUGAAAUCCGAGGACGAACGAAAACGGCUGCAGCUAGCGGUGGAACCUCCGGAAUUCCCAGUUGUCACUCUAAUGGCUCCAGUUCCGUGGAAAUGUUCGGUUCAAAUAGCCAAGAAUCGCUUGGAAGAAGUGCUGAUGGUGAACCAUCCGGUUUUACAAGCCAUCAAUAUGUUGUGGCACAAGUUGUACGCUAACUUGUUGGUGGUAGAUAUGGCAAAAUUCUACAGCACCGAUAUCCCGAUGCACGCUGACAAGAUAACCGAAACUAUCAACACCGGAUGCCGCACUACCAGAGAUAUUUUGAUUAACGAUUGGAUGCCGCGAGUAGCUGAUUUGGUAGACGUUAUGCGAAAGUAUUGGAAGGAUCUAGUGCCAAGGAAUUCUCUGCACGGUGGACGAGGAGCGAUCUUUUUCAACUGUAUCCAUGCUCUUACUUCCUAUCAUCUGCAAGGGCUUAUCAAGAAGAGCUUAGAUCAUAUGAUCGACACUUUGGAGGCGUAUCGUGGAGGAGACACAACAUCGGGCACAAAACCUAUGCAACUCAAAAUGAAGCCUUUUAUGACUCUAACUGUAUCGGUAGUUGGAAAACCGGAUUCGGAUAUUGAGAAGCAAACAGAAAAGAACGAUUUGUCUCUAUACGAGGCAAACGAUGACGAUCCUAGUCUGCUCUCGGUGGAUUCCAACGAAGAAUCGAUGGCACCCGAUGUGGAUGAGAGAACAACUUCUUUCAUUAUGAAGAGUAGUGGAAAAAUCAUUAUCUAUCCGUACAUGGAAGAGUUACCCGAUUUGUUCAAAAGUUAUUUUGUUAAGAUUUUGAAAGCCGGUUACAAAAUACCAAGGCUCGAGUACUACCUUACUCAAGACAAGAAACAGCAAGGAUUUCUUCACUACAUCCGAGAGGACAACAUUGACAUGAACAAACUUUAUCUGCGGGUGAAGGAAAUUGUGAUCGCAAACCAAACGGGGCCAACGAUUUAUCUGUAUCCAAUGUACGAGUACUACUUUCCGGUGCUGACAAACCAAAUGAGAAUAAUUACCGAGAGCAUAUUUUCCCAGAGAGAGCUACCUUCUUUGAUCAUUUUCAAAGAACUCGUGAAUAAGUUUACUGAACUACUACACGGGAUCUAUUUUCUGCGAGAUUUUAUACCUCUGAACCUGUUUAUGUUGGAUAAUAGUCGCCUAAAUCGAGUGCUAGAGAAUCUUGUCAAAGAUUUGAAGGCAUUCGUCAUCAAUUAUUUCAUAACGCUCAACCAGGUUGAGAAUCGAAGAAUAUGUGACGAGUUCGAGGACAUGUCCCUGCAUGCCGGUGAACGGCCGGACCUUACUCCGGAAGUGGUCGCGCUUCAGAACUAUCUCACCCAAUGCCGGGAGGAGCGUUUGUACGCUCUGAAGACGGAGAUCAAGCACGUGGCCGAGCGCGUCCUCUUCCUCCUGACCUACGCUAUACUCGAUUCUGAGGAUAUCAAUCUGAACUCCCGCACCUUCCUGUGGCCUCAGGAGCUAGAGAAAGUGCUUGAUCUUAGCGGUGCUCGCUUGGCUGUAGUACGGGAGAAUCUCGAGACAGCUAUUCGAGAGCGGCGCGUCAAAUUUGAGCAGUAUCUGAACGCAGAAAAGAAAAAGAUGGACCACUUCCGGACGCGCGAGAUUCGAGAGAUGCUCUCGCUGGACGACCUUCGGGAGAAAGUUGAAACCGUUGAUGGGUUGAUGGAUAUCUUGGAGAAAUGUAGCAGAGAAGCGAAAGAAAUCAACGUUAAUGAAAAUCUGCUGCAAAUAGAGCAAUCUUUCUUCCCGACCUUGAACGAAAUGUACGAGAAAAUGGCUCCCAUCGAAAAGUUGUGGCAUACAGCGUACAAGUUCGAUUCUUGCCAUGAAGUUUGGUAUUUCGGGUCGUUCAAGGAGCUUGACGCAAGCGUUAUAAGCACUGCAGUCGAUGAGAUGUUCAGCUCCGUUAAUCUUUUACUUAAGGAGUUGGCCGGUAGUCCACAAGCGAAACGAGUGGCUGAACAGAUUCGUAUGAAAAUCGAUAAAUUUAAGAUCUAUCUGCCUAUUCUGGAAGCUAUCUGCAGACAGGGCCUCUGUGAACGUCAUUGGAGUCAGAUUUCUCGGGAACUUGGUCAGGGUGUGGAUCCAGAAUCGCAACAUUCGUUAGCUCUCAUGGUCGAUAUCGACAUCAUGAAGAUCCAAAACCGCCUAGAAGAGAUUUCCAACGCUGCGGGCAAAGAAUAUGAACUGAAUGUACAGCUGAUCGAUAUGCAAGAAGAGUGGUCAGAAGUCCAAUUUAUUUGUAUACCAUACAGAGAUUCGGACAUAUCUAUUCUGUCAUCGAUCGAUGACAUACAGACUCUACUCGAUGAUCAUAUUCUGAAGGCCCAGGCUAUGCGAGGUUCACCCUACAUUGCGGCUCUUGGAAGCAAAGCCACCAACUGGGAAGAUAAACUUAUAAAUAUGCAAGACGUCAUAGACACCUGGCUACAAGUUCAAGCCACCUGGAUGUAUUUGGAGCCUAUUUUCAGCUCUGAGGAUAUCAUGCGACAGAUGCCCACCGAAGGUCGCCAUUUCAAAACCGUCGACAAAUUAUUCCGCAAGAUCAUGCGUUACACAGUCUCCGACCCACACGUCAUUCAAGCCACAGACUUUCCAGAUCUUCUGAACGUGUUGAGGAAAGCAUUCACGGACUUGGAAGAUAUCCAACGAGGACUCAACCUCUACCUGGAGAAGAAACGCUUGUACUUUGCUCGAUUCUUCUUUCUUUCCAAUGAUGAGCUCCUGGAAAUUUUGUCAGAAACAAAAGAUCCCAUGCGUGUUCAACCGCAUAUGAAGAAAUGUUUCGAGGGAAUCAAUUCGUUGACGUUCGAUUCUCAGAUGGAAAUUACAGCUUUUGUCUCGGCCGAGGAUGAGCAAAUUCUGUGCACCAGAAAAGUUAACCCUGCGGCGGCCAACGGUUUGGUAGAGAAAUGGCUUAAAGAAGUUGAAAUCGUCAUGCUGGAAAGCGUCAAAGAGCAAAUUUGGCAAUCCUAUGAAGCUUAUUACAAAGAUCCUCGUAAGGCUUGGGUACUAAACUGGCCUGGGCAGGCAGUUCAAGUCGUUUCUUGCUUGACGUGGACCGAAGAAGCCGAAGAAGCUCUUGUUCAAAACAAACUGUUUGAUUACUCCGUUAAAUGUACCCAACAGAUUGGUGAGCUGGUAGAUUUGGUCAGAGGUAGUCUUAGCGCUGGUGCCACUAUCACCAUUGAAGCCUUGGUUGUUGUUGACGUUCACGCUCGAGACAUCAUCGAUUUGCUCGUAAGAAAAAAUGUCACCGACAUAGGCGACUUCAAUUGGUUCUCCCAACUGAGAUACUACUGGCGUAUCGAUGACGAUGACAAGCAGAGCUACGUAGCGUGUAGUAUGGUCACAACGGAUUUGAAGUAUGGUAUGGAAUACCUUGGUAAUACGGGAAGGCUUGUUACAACACCGCUAACCGAUCGUUGCUUUCGAACUCUGAUGGGAGCGUUUAAACUGAAUCUUGGUGGAGCGCCCGAAGGUCCGGCAGGUACCGGUAAAACUGAAACCUGUAAGGAUUUGGCCAAGGCCGUUGCCAAGAAGUGCGUCGUAUUCAACUGUUCCGAUGGCUUAGAUUACAAAGCAUUGGGUAAAUUCUUCAAAGGGCUCGCUCAAUCCGGGUCAUGGGCGUGCUUCGACGAGUUCAACCGAAUUGAGCUGGAGGUGUUAUCAGUAGUAGCUCAACAAAUCCUAACCAUUCAACGAGCCAUCGCUGGAAAGGUUGUAAAGUUUACCUUUGAAGAAACUACUCUUAAACUUGAUCCAACCUGCAAUAUUUUCAUCACCAUGAAUCCCGGUUAUGCUGGUCGCACAGAGCUUCCAGAUAACCUUAAAGUCCUAUUCCGAACAGUUGCCAUGAUGGUUCCUGACUAUGCCAUGAUUGGAGAAAUUACUUUGUACUCCAACGGUUUCGACGAGGCAAGAAUUUUGGCGCAAAAAAUUGUUCACACUUACAAGCUUUGUUCCGAACAACUCUCCUCACAAUCUCAUUAUGAUUACGGCAUGAGAGCAGUCAAAUCUGUUUUGAACGCAGCUGGUGCUCUACGAAAGGGUCAUCCAGAACUUUCAGAAGCUCAAAUUGUUCUCCGAGCGAUUAUCGACGUCAACUUACCCAAAUUUCUUCAACAGGACAUUCCUCUGUUUGAAGGAAUAUACAAAGAUCUGUUCCCAGGCAUCGAACUUCCACCACCGGCCAGAGAGGACAUUGUUAGACAUUUACUGGUACAAUUGGUGAAGCGCAAACUUCAACCAACUCCAUGGUUCAUCGAGAAAGUAAUGCAAGUCUACGAAAUGCUGCUGGUACGGCAUGGUUUGAUGAUUGUAGGAGAAUCAAUGGGCGGUAAAACGUCGGCUUACUCAGCGCUGGCAGAAAGUCUUCGGGAGCUGCGCAAGGAAAAGGGGCCCAAAUGUGAAGAACAGGGAGUUGCGUAUCGCAUCAUCAACCCCAAGGCGAUCUCAAUGGGACAGCUGUAUGGAAGCUUUGAUCCCGCUUCCCACGAAUGGUCCGAUGGAGUUUUGGCGAAUACCUACCGCGAGAUGGCCUACACCCUCAGCUUGGAACGACAAUGGAUCAUAUUUGAUGGACCGGUUGAUGCGGUUUGGAUUGAAAAUUUGAAUACUGUGCUCGACGACAAUAAGAAACUCUGUCUCAUGUCCGGUGAAAUCAUACAAAUGUCCAAGUAUAUGAACAUGAUGUUCGAGCCGGCUGACCUCGAACAAGCUUCACCGGCAACGGUUUCACGUUGCGGUAUGAUUUACUUGGAACCAUCUCAAUUAGGUUGGAUUGCACUUCACAAGUCGUUUCUGGUAACGUUGGAAGAAAAAGGUGUCAAUGAAAUAAAUAUGGGCUUGUUCGAACAAUUAACCGAAUGGUUGAUCCCGGUGGCAUUGGAAUGGCUACAUACUUUCGGUUCCGUACUCAAAAUAUCGGAAAUGCAUCAUUAUCAUAUGUUCUCCACCUUUUUUCUCAUAUUCCUGAACCGAGUGAACAACUACAAUCAAGCAUGGUUCCAGCAGAUAUUCUUGUUCUGUUACGCGUGGGCCUACUUUUCGGCAGUCACUGUCGAGACGCGGAAAAUGAUCGAUCCUUUGUUACGGAAAGUUUUAUACGGCGCUAACGAAGAUCAUCCUAAGCCCAAGCAUUUCUCGCUCAAUCGGGGUCAAAUGUAUCCGGAAAAGAUGAACUUCCUCGACUACCGGUUCGACGAGGUCGAGACUUGGUGGCCGUGGUUGAAAUCGGAUGAACUGACGUAUCCCGAAAGUUGCACCAUAUCUGAGCUCAUGAUACCGACUAAGGAGACCGGUUACAUCCUCUACUGGACAGAGAUGUGUGUUUCUGCAGGUAUUCCGAUUCUUUUGGUUGGUCCUACGGGUACUGGAAAAAGCGCAACGAUUGCCAAUUAUAUACGAGAGCUGCCGAAAGCGAAGUUUAUCUCAAAUAUCAUCAAUUGUUCGGCCCGUAGUACGGCACAUCAGAUGCAAGACACCAUAAUGUCCAAGUUAGAUCGCCGUCGAAAAGGAGUCUACGGCCCUCCGGUUGGCAAGAAAUGUGUCAAUUUUAUAGACGAUGUCGCAAUGCCUGCUCGUGAUGAAUAUGGUUCUCAGCCACCUCUCGAGUUGAUAAGAACAUGGCUUGAUCACGGAAUAUGGUCUGAUCUGAGAGAUACCACCAAGAUAGAGCUAAUCGAUUUGUUGUUUGUGGGCGCUAUGGGACUUGUCGGAGGCAGUAACUUCAUUCCUCAACGAGUCUAUCGACACAUGUUCGUCGUUUCCGUUGACUCAUUCGAAGAUACAACUCUGAACAGAAUUUUCUCCGCAAUCGGUGAGUGGCAUUUCUCCAAAGGCUAUCCAGACACCGUAUCUAGGAUGGCCAAAAAUCUUAGCUCAGCUGUGGUAGCUGUAUACCGAGGAGCGAUAGAAAACUUCUUACCUACCCCAGCAAAAUCACAUUAUUUGUUCUCCCUCAGAGAUGUGACGCGUAUUUAUCAAGGUAUUGUUUUGGUACCAGCUAAACGUUUACCUGACCCAGAAAAGCUAACUAGACUGUGGGCUCACGAAACCUAUCGGGUGUUCUACGACCGUUUGGUGGACGAUAAUGACAAACAAAUGCUACUGCGAAUAGUUGAAGAAGCAGCUAACUCUCAGCUGCGUCUCAAACUCGAGGCUGCUUUCGGCGAUCGCCUGGAAAGUGGUCAACGGGUUUCCGAAAAGCAUAUGCGAGAUCUAUUGUUCGGAAACUAUAUGGAACCAGACGCGGUUAAACGAAUCUACGAUGAAGUAGAUCAAUGGAAAAAGCUCGAGAAAAACAUGAACUAUUAUUUGGACGAAUACAACCAACACUCCAAAUCACCAAUGAAUUUGGUUCUGUUCCGCUUUGCAAUCGAACAUAUUUCAAGAAUCUCCAGAGUCUUGCAGAUGCCUCGAGGUCAUUUACUGCUGGUUGGGCUUGGUGGUGCCGGAAGGCGUAGUGCAGUGAAAUUAGCUGCACACAUGGCAGACGCCAGCGUGUUCCAAGUAGAAGUUACUCGCAGCUACGGCAUUACAGAAUGGAGAGAAGACAUGAAAAAACUACUCAUGUUGGCUGGAAACGAAGGAAAACCAACAGUUUUUCUGUUCAACGAUUCUCAGGCUAAAGAAGAGGCUUUCGUUGAAGAUAUCAACUCCCUUCUUAAUACAGCCGAUAUUCCUAAUCUAUUCCAAACUGAUGAGAAAGCCGUCAUCCUAGAAACGAUGCAAACAAUUGUGAGGCAAACUAGUAAACCUAUUGACUCAACCGCUUUAUCACUGUACAACUUCUUCAGCGAAAGAGUAAGGGAGAAUCUCCACAUUGCCCUAGCGUUCUCACCGAUUGGCGACUCUUUCAAGAAGAGAAUUCGUAUAUAUCCUUCUCUGAUCAACUGUUGUACAAUUGAUUGGUUCACUUCUUGGCCAAUCGAUGCUCUACAAAAGGUGGCCGAACAUUUCAUCAGAUCCAUGGACUUGGAACAAGAGCAAACCUCGUCUACGGAAUCAUCUGCAGUUAGCGUACAGCAAUCGGAAGCUGAUCUUGAAAAGCAUAAAACAAGAAAGUUAACACGUUUUGAGAAAAAGCUCGUAGAAGUGGUAAUGAUAUUCAACGAAGGUGUGGUUGAAAACUCUGACAGAUUCUUUCGAGAGCAGGGUAGGAAAAACUACGUAACUCCAACGUCCUACCUGGAAAUGUUGCGUUCAUUUAACACACUGUAUCGCAAAAAGUAUUCGGAAAUCAUUUUCCAAAGGGACCGAUACACCGUCGGUUUGGAAAAGCUCGAUUUUGCGGCCGCGCAGAUCGCAGUAAUGCAAGACCAACUUAAAGACUUGCAACCUCAACUCAAAUUCACAUCCGAUGAAACCGAGAAGAUUAUGGUUAACAUUGAGCGAGAAACGGCCGAGGCCGAAAAGAAAAAGGAAAUCGUGGGCGCCGAUGAGACAGCUGCCAACGAGGCGGCUGCCUCAGCACAGGCCAUCAAGGAUGACUGCGAAAGCGACCUCCAGGAGGCGGUUCCAGCACUGGAAGCGGCGCUCUCAGCGCUGGAUACGCUGAAACCGGCUGACAUUACCGUUGUCAAAUCCAUGAAGAAUCCACCGCUAGGAGUGAAGCUAGUGCUGGAAGCCGUUUGCGUAAUCAAGGGAAUCAAGUCGGACCGCAAGACAGAUCCAUCCGGCAAGGUUUUGGAAGAUUUUUGGGGCCCAUCGCAAAAAAUGCUUGGAGACUUGAAAUUUUUAGAAAGCCUGAAAUCUUUUGACAAAGACAACAUUCCUAUACCGGUGAUGAAGAAAAUUCGGGAUGUGUACAUUGCUGAUCGGGAGUUUGUUCCCGAGAAAAUUAAAAACGUAUCCAUGGCAUGCGAGGGUUUGUGCCGUUGGGUCCGUGCGAUGGAAAUUUAUGACCGGGUGGCAAAGAUUGUUGCACCCAAGAAGAUUGCCCUUGCAGGAGCCGAAGCGGAACUCACCAUGCAGAUGGAGAAGCUUAAUGCCAAACGGGCCGAGUUGCAGGAAAUCUUGGACAAGCUGCAGAAGCUGAACGAUUUCUUCGCCGAAAAGUCCCGGGAGAAGAAACGGUUGGAGGACGAGAUCGAUGGCUGUGAGAAAAAAUUGAUACGAGCUGAACAGCUUAUUGGUGGUUUGGGCGGAGAGAAGAGAAGAUGGUCAGAGUGUGCUCAUAAUUUGCACAAAUCAUUGGAAAAUGUCAUUGGAGAUGUACUGCUAGCGGCUGGUAGCAUCGCGUAUCUCGGAUGUUUCUCAAUAGAUUUCCGAAGCAGAAUCAUUCGAGAAUGGAACCAGAUAACAUUGGCCAAAGAAAUCCCUUGCACGGAAGUUUUCUCACUUUUGACUGCCCUGGGAAAUCCCAUUGAAAUAAGGAGUUGGACUAACUGCGGACUUCCUUCGGAUGAUUUUUCUAUUGAGAAUGGAAUCAUCGUCAAAAAUGCUAGACGUUGGGCUCUCAUGAUUGACCCAGAAGGCCAAGCAAAUAAGUGGGUCAAGAACUUGGAGAAGGCAAACAAUCUGAAAAUUAUUCAGCAAAUGGACCCCAACUAUAUCAGGGUGCUUGAAAACGCAUUGAUUAAUGGGUACCCCGUGUUGUUAGAGAAUGUGGGAGAGACAAUUGAUUCUGGAUUGAACCCAAUAUUAGAGAAAAAUGUCAUCCGUCAAAGGGGAACAUGUGCGAUCAAGUUCGGCGAUGGAAUGGUGGAAUAUAAUGAAAAUUUCAGAUUUUAUAUCACGACCAACUUGCGAAACCCACAUUAUCUACCGGAAACAGCAGUUAUGGUAACACUUAUGAAUUUCAUGAUUACUGAGCAAGGACUACGUUCUCAGCUCCUAGGAACUGUCAUUGUUCAAGAAAGACCAGAUCUACAAGAGAAGAAAGAAUCGCUUAUAAUCGAGUCCGCUAAAAAUCAAGAAGAUUUGUACAAUGCUGAAGCCAAAAUAUUACAGGUUCUUUCUUCAUCUGAAGGCAACAUCUUGGAUGAUGAGAAUGCAAUCAAUAUUUUAACAUCCAGCAAAGAACUUUCAGAAGAAAUUCAAUCCAAGCAGAUAAUAGCAGUAGCAACGGAAGCUGAAAUAGAUGCAGCUCGUCAGCUGUAUAUUCCAGUAGCACGCCACUCCGCUGUCCUGUUCUUCUGUACCACUGAGCUGGCUAACAUCGAUCCAAUGUAUCAGUUCAACCUUACUUGGUUCCUUAACAUCUUCGUUCAAACCAUUCUCAAAACGCCAAAAUCGGAAGACCUUGAAGAGCGUCUCCAACUGUUGAUGGACUACUUCACCAAAGCAAUCUACAACAACGUUUGUAGGUCACUCUUCGAAAAAGAUAAACUUAUGUUUUCGUUUGUGCUUUGCUCGGGAAUACUACGCGGAGAGAAUAAAAUAGAUGAUCAGGAACUAUCGUUCCUUCUGGCCGGAGGUUUAGCCCUUGAUAAUCCAUACGCAAACCCUGCUCCAGAAUGGCUACCGGAGAAAGCGUGGACCGACCUUGUUCGAGCAUGUUCGCUUCAACCGCUUAAAAAUCUGCGCGAAUCCUUCGAAGCGAAUUUGAAUGUAUGGAAGAUUUUUUACAAUGAAAGUACACCGGAAGAACGUAAACUUCCAGAACCCUUCCAAGAGCACGAAGGACUGGUGAAGCUCAUCAUUCUGAAAUGCAUUCGCCCGGAUAAGGUUGUUCCAGCGCUACAGAAAUUCAUCAUCCAAAUGAUUGGUCCAUCUUACAUUGAACCUCCUAACUUCAACCUGCGACUAGCUUACGAAGACAGCUCACCUAGGAUUCCGCUCAUAUUCAUGUUAUCUCCAGGAUCAGACCCAAUGGAAGGUUUGUUUUCCUUCGCAAGUGAAAAGUAUAUGGGAGACGAUUGUCGUGUCAUCUCACUCGGUCAAGGCCAGGGACCGAAAGCCACCAAGUGUAUUCUAGAUGCUAUCAAACUAGGCCACUGGGUAAUACUGCAGAACUGUCAUGUAGCGGAAUCCUAUAUGGAUGAACUGGAGAAGCUUGUGAUGGAUCCGAGCUUGUACGAGCAAGUACACUCGAAAUAUAGACUCUGGUGUACGUCCUACCCGAGCAAGAAGUUCCCGGUUUCUAUCCUUCAAAACAGCGUUAAAAUGACAAACGAAGCACCGAAAGGAUUGAAACUCAACAUGGUUCGGGCGUAUACGACAGAGCCGUUGGAUAAUGAAGCAUUCCUGGAUGAUGCUUUUGUAAACGAAACGCAUCAGGCGUGGACAAGAGGCGUAUUCGCGCUGGUGUUCUUCCAUGCAGUAGUCCAGGAACGAUGUAAGUUCGGUCCGCUCGGCUGGAACAUACCGUACGAGUUCAACGAAUCUGAUCUCAAGAUUUCGCUGAUGCAACUAAAACAGUUCUUGCAUCAAUACUUGUACAUUCCGUUCGAAGGGCAUAUCUAUCUGACAGGUGAGUGUAACUAUGGAGGUCGCGUAACUGACGACAAGGAUCGAAGAUUGCUGUUGGCACUGUUGAACCGACUCUACAAUCCGGAAGCAACAACUGAGAACAAUUACCAACUAUCUGAGUCCGGAAUCUAUCGUGUUCCACUUAACCCGAUCAAAGAGGAAACAUUGGAAUACCUCUCAACCUUACCCUUAACGGCACAACCCGAAGUAUUCGGGCUACAUGAAAAUGCAGAUAUCACCAGGAACAUUGAGGAAACUAAUAUGCUUUUAGAGAAAGUACUACAGACACAAACGCAGCUUCUAACCAAAGGAUCAUCGGGUGACAAAGAUGAACAAAAAAUAGAUCCCGUUCUGUUUGUCUGCAAGGAGAUCAUGAAAAAGCUCCCGGCACCUUUCGACGUUGAGGGAACUAGCGAAAAGUUCCCGAUUCUCUACAUGAACUCGAUGAACACGGUGCUUAGACAGGAGCUGACGCGUUUCAAUCGCCUCCUGACCUAUAUUAAACUGAGCCUGAUCGACGUUCAACGAGCAAUUCAAGGACAGAUAAGCAUGAUUCCGGAGCUGGAACGUGUCUACCGAGCUAUGCUGAUCGGCAAAGUUCCUCAAGCUUGGCUCAACAAGAGUUAUCCAUCGCUAAAACCGCUGGGCGGUUACAUAAACGAUUUCGUGCACCGUUUGGGUUUCUUCCAACGUUGGAUCGACGACGGUGAACCGAAAGUGUAUUGGAUGAGCGGAUUCUACUUCACCCAAUCCUUUUUGACUGGGGUUUUACAGAAUCAUUCCCGAAAAAACAAGCUCCGCAUCGAUGAUCUGGCAAUGGCUUUCGAGGUGCUAGAAUUCGAAACCGAAGAUAAGAUAGAAAAACGAACCGAAAUCGGAACCUUCGUGCGGGAUCGUCGUGCUAAAAAUGAGGACUACGUAACAUUUGACGGACUGUUCCUGGAAGGGGCCCGCUGGAAUCGAGAGCUGAAGUGCCUGGAUGAACCGCUGCCCCGGGUCCUAUACGACACGAUUCCAAUCAUAUCGAUGACUCCGACGCCCAAGGAUAAAGCCGUUGUCCCGCAAAUGUACCGCUACGAUUGCCCGAUCUACAAAACCAGUGCUCGCCGAGGGAUUCUUUCGACCACUGGCCAUUCGACAAACUUCGUCAUGUUCCUGGACUUGGACAGUGCCGUUAUGCCGGAGCAUUGGGUUCUCCGAGGCACUGCUUGUCUGUGUCAGUUGGAUGAUUAGAUGAUUAUGGUUUAUUUAAGGGUGAUCAGUGUUGCUUUAAACUAUAGAUAAAAAUCAAGCCAAAUUUUAAGACUUUUUACUGGAAACCCCAUUUUGGAAUUAGGUAUAUGAUUGUCAAGCAAUACUAGAAUAACACUAUACUUCUGAUCAGAUAAUUUAAAAUUUCGUACUUUUCAUGUAAACUUGAAUACUGAAUUCUUAGAGCAUCUUGUUUAUAAUCUUGUGAUC